CAACAGGAAGUGGGUAGUAGUUGACAGCAGCUAACUCGAGUCAGCAGAGAGUUAAGGGAUUUAACAGAGAAGUGGCAGCUCUUUAAAAAAACCUCUGUCAACAUGAGCGACAGAGCGGAAGUGAGUUUCGAUCCCAAAGACCACCAGCACCUGCGUUAUAACCCUCUGCGGGACAACUGGGUCCUGGUGUCGGCCCACCGCAUGAAGAGACCCUGGGCGGGACAAGUGGAAAAACCCUCUGAGGAGCACAUACCCAGACAUGACCCCCACAACCCGCUGUGUCCUGGGAGCACACGUGCAAAUGGAGAUGUAAAUCCAGACUAUGAGAGCACUUUUGCUUUUGAAAACGAUUUCCCUGCUCUGCAGCCACAUGCCCCAGAUCCAGGUUCGUGUCAAGACCCGUUGUUCCAGUCUAAAGCUGCGAGGGGUGUCUGUAAGGUCAUGUGUUUCCAUCCCUGGUCUGACAUCACCCUCCCUCUCAUGAAGAAAGAAGAGGUUGUCAAGGUGAUCGACAAGUGGACGGAGCUUGUUGAAGAGCUCGGCGCCACAUACCCUUGGGUUCAGAUAUUUGAGAAUAAAGGAGCCAUGAUGGGUUGUUCAAAUCCACAUCCACACUGUCAGGUGUGGGCCAGCAACUUCCUGCCCAAUGAGCCGGAGCUGGCGGACCGCUGUCAGAGAGCGUACUACCAGAAACACGGAGAGCCGCUGCUGCUGCAUUACGCCAGACGAGAGGCUGAGAAGAAGGAGCGUGUGGUGGUGGAGAGUUCCGAUUGGCUGGCCGUGGUCCCAUAUUGGGCAACGUGGCCCUACCAGACACUGCUGUUACCACGACGACACAUCCUCCGAAUCGGCGACCUGACAACAUCCGAGAGGGAGGGUCUAGCUGACAUCAUGAAGCGUCUGCUGACCAAAUACGACAACCUGUUUGAAAUCUCCUUCCCUUACUCCAUGGGCUGGCACGGAGCCCCGACUGGCCCCCACUUAAAGGAAGAUAACUCCCACUGGCAGCUGCACGCUCACUACUACCCCCCCCUGCUGCGCUCAGCCUCCGUGAAGAAGUUCAUGGUCGGGUAUGAGAUGCUCGCCCAGGAGCAGAGAGACCUCACCCCUGAACAGGCUGCUGAGAAGCUGAGGAACCUGCCAGAGGAGCACUAUAAAACCAGAGAGAACCAGGGACAAGGAGGAGGAAAAGAUAAAGACGGAGGGAAAUAGAAGUCGAAGGGAAACUUGUUGUUCGUGUAUUGUUUUUGUUUUAGAAGAACUGUAAACAGAGAUAUUUGAAAGUGCCUUAAACAUAAUCACACAUACAACUUUCCCAUUCUGAUUAAUGGGAAAGUUGUCUCACUCUAUGCACAUUUCAAAUUCCUUCCUCCAUGUUUUGGGAUGAUAAUGAGUUUUUCUUUUUUCUCUUUCUGUACCGUCCCAUCUGUUGAUUUUAAACAAAGCAAUCUGUGAUUCAAAUGAGUGUCUCUGUUUCCUGCACAUGGUUUUCACAUGGAGGACAAUUCUUGAAUUGAGUUAACUGUGUCAGCUUUGUGAUUCUUAGUUUUGUUGAGAAUCCACAUGAAUAAACACACGUUGGAUGGAGCGUUUUCCUGAAUGAACGUUUUAUUUCAUGCACUCGCAGGUUUUCUGAACAUGGAAAGAAGCCAUUGACGAGGUUUGAAAUGCUUAAAACAUAUUUAUAAUAAAUUUCUAUCAUGUUUGAGAAUUU